GCAUUGUGGGAGUUCUUUCCUUUCUCGCUCCCCGGCCAUCUUGGCGGCUGCUCUUGGUUGGGGGCUGUCCCGCACCUAAGGCAGGAAGAUGGUGGCCACAAAGACGACGAAAAAGUCCCUCGAGUCCAUCAACUCUAGGCUUCAGCUUGUUAUGAAAAGUGGGAAGUACGUACUGGGAUACAAACAGACUCUCAAAAUGAUCAGACAGGGCAAAGCGAAGUUGGUUAUCCUCGCCAACAACUGCCCGGCUUUGAGGAAAUUUGAAAUAGAAUACUAUGCCAUGUUGGCUAAAACCGGUGUCCAUCACUACAGUGGCAAUAACAUUGAAUUGGGCACAGCAUGUGGAAAAUACUACAGAGUAUGCACACUGGCUAUCAUUGACCCAGGUGACUCUGAUAUUAUUAGACGCAUGCCAGAACAGACUGGUGAGAAGUAGUAAACCAGAAAAGCCUUCCUUUAAUAAAACCACCAGAGCUCUUUAAAAAAAAAAAAAAAAAAAAAAAAAAAAA